GGCGUAAUACUAUAUCCCUAGUGGUUUUGUUAGCGUUCGGCCACUCGUAGCCUAGGUACCUGACUCGUCUCCCAAGUCGGCACCGGCGGACGAGAGGACGAUACUGCAGCAAAAAUCUUCAGAGGUUAGGCACUCAAUUAUUAGCCAUGGGAUAGGUUUUUCAAAUUGGCUUUUCGCUUGCGCUUCGUCUGUGCCCUGGUGAACCGGGCAGCGAACAGUCACUGCAACCGUCGCACGAUUGACCUCUCCGAAUCUCUCCAACGUGUUGCGAUAUAAGGGCGGGAAAGCCGGCCCUCUCAGCUGAAAGCUAGGCUGGCUGUUUACUUGUCAGUCGGAUUGCUACUACUGACGGCUAGCUAUCAGAAUAGCCCGCUCUUUCAGCCCUCUCAACUGUUUUCCGGCCACUGCUGCUGCUUGCAGCUGCGCAUAGCUUCUCCAGUAGCGGGGAAACACCUGAAGUCGUGCUUCGUCCACGCUUUUUCAAAUCCAUUUGCAUUAAUUCGUAGCUACAUUUGGCCUUCGCCAUUGAACGUUGGCAACUGUCGCCUAAACCUUGCACAGGACUCCCUGCUGAAGCACGAGGCAGCGCCGGCUCGCCUUCUAUUUGAACCCAACAUGCCUCCAACCGCCGGCAACCCCUUCCUGGACGCCAGCCAUAUGACCGGCUGGCCCGGCGCCUCUCCACCUCUCUCGCCCUGCUCUCCUCCCUUCUCGCCCGCCUCCUCUCCUCCCUACGCCUCCCUCCACGCCUCCUCGCCCGCCUCCCCCGCCCCCGGCGGCCAGCUGGUGCUGUACGGCCCCACCUCGCUGUACGGACUGUACUACAACGAGCACGUGCACGGCCCCUUCGCCUCGGGCCUGCAGCGCAACCCCUUCACGCCCGGCCUGUCCGCGCUGAGCGAGGUGCCCAAGCCCUGCUACGCCACCUCGGACCCGCUGCGGGAGCGCUACCCGGCCAGCAGGAGCCCGGACGACCCGCUCAACUGGAUCAGCGAGGACCUGUUUAGGAUCAGUGAGGAGAAAACCCUGGUUGCCCAACAGCGGCAGCCGCUGCGGUGUCAGUCCAUGCCUCCAACGGCCUGGCAGUGACUGCGACAACGGAUCGGAGGGGGGCACGGCUAGCUGUGGUGGCGGUGACAGCUUGCUGCCGUGUUGACAACGGCCUGCUGUGGGGGCCAGUGAGGAUAGGUAUGGCGUAUCGACUGCGGCAGCGGCGCCUACUGACGCCUGGGAAGGCGUUAUAAUUUCGCAGAAUUGCAUGCAGGAUGUGCGGUUAGCGCUGUAGCAGCCGGCAAAUGAGCCUUGCAAGGUAUUGCUCACCAUGCAAGGUUUUCUAGCUGUUGUACGUGCAUUCGUACCACAGGGUGCUUAAAAGCCGCAGGAUGGGCCUUGCUGGACACCUUGCUUGAUGCGGGCUCGUGAGGGCAGUGUCUGCGUGCAUGGGGUAUUUGGCGCGCGCGCAUGUGUGUUGCGUUUUUAGUAGCGCCGCUCGCAUGUCUCGGGCGCACUGGUUGCGGCCCAGAUACCGAUAGGUCAGGGCCUUGGAAGGGAGAUAGGGUGGAUCAGUGUUAUGGGUGCCCCUGCGGGACUGAGGAAGCGUCUGAGGUGGAGUACUGGAGUUUCAUGCAAAUACGGCUCUGCGGUACGGUAUGUACGACAAGGCUGCAUGGGCACUCGAGACUGGGAGGCAGCGUAUGCAGGUUGACACAAGUGGGCCAGUGCAGGCGCUCGCUUGGUCGGCUGCAUGCGGCUCGUGCGGAGGCUUCACUUUUAUAGCAUUGUGGGCUCUUGUUUAGGGACCCCCGUUGUGGGUGGGCUUGGGGCGCAGAUGACAGGUUGGCUGGGUGCGGCAUUGGGUCGCUGUGCGUAUGCGGUUGUCGGCUUGUCGUACGGUACAAUGCGUGACGUUGCAUAUGUUUUGUGGGUAUUCCUGAACCAUAUCCAGCCGUUGAGUGCUAAGUUCGCUGCAUUUAUCCAUCGCAGCUGCUCAUCAUUGCUCUAUUGGUAAGUUAUCUGCUGCUAACCAGAAACAGUAAUAAAGCCAUGAAGUUUGUUGUUGUUACGUUGUAUCCUUGUACGACAGUGCAUGUCACGUUGCCUAUCGUACAGCGGCGUCUUGUCGUACAUGUGUUGAAGUGCAUAGGUUGUCGACACGAUCGUUUACGUACGGUCGUGCGGUACGACACGGCUAGCGUGUCAGGGGCAAUAAGUCACAGCGUUUGGACCGGGCAUGACAUGACAUGUAUGGUCCUCAACGAUGCGAACGACUGUACUGUAUGUGCGGAGGGCCUUGAAUGCUUUUGGGGCGACAAGGCUUGUAAUCAUGUAACCUUAAUAAGCAGC